UUUUUAGUUUCUCUCCAAACACACGUAUGUACAUACGUCUCAUUUUAAGAUAGAAAACGGUGCGUUCGAGGAAGUGUUAAAUCAAACGGACCCAAAAAUCCUCUUGCAACUUUUGUAUUUUUCCUUAAAUUUAUAACAAUGCAUUCAUCUCUUUACGGGGAAAUGUGCGGCUCGAAAAAAAAACAGAGAUCACGAGUUUCGGAGCGAAGACGUUCGACGCGACGCCGCGCGUUGCGCGACACUUCCGGCCGAAUUUACGCAGCCGACAAGUGCGACAAGUCCCGAGAUGUUGUAGGUGCGCACUGCGCGCGGCUCCUUCACAGCUGUUUCCACUUUCCACAAUUCCAAAUUCUUUGACAGAUCGUCGCAGGUCGCGGGACUCGCGGGAUGCUGGCCAGCGAGCACGCGCGUUCGCAGACAGAUUCGAUGUGCCGGCGGGCCUAGGGCUGUACACUCUCUGUACAGGGUGAGGAACAGGACUCCUGCGAGUCCUGCGGUGACAGUCGACCGCGGCAGUGCGAGCGAUUAACCUGCGUGACUCCGCAAUUCUUCCGUUACAGCCUGACCUACUUCUCGUGCUGAAGCACGACCAGCAGCCAGACCCGUGGUGUGUAUCAUGCUCUACGGCUAGUCUUUUAAAAUUAUAUAUACAUAUAUAUAAAUAUAUAUACACAUCGAGACACUCAGCACUAUGCCAGACAGGAACAAAGUGUUGGUCGGUGCCGGAGUAAUAUGGGGCGUGACCUUUUGCUGUCUUUUGUUUAGUCGCAAGUUGAGACCCACAACAUUGUUAAAUUUCAUCCCUGCUAUAUUAUAUCGCAAUCAAAAAAUGAAGAAUGAGGAUGAACAGAAGCAUAACCCAAAUGACGCUGGUACAUCAACGAACUGUGAUACUAAUGUAGAUACGACUGUGCAAAAUGAAAUUCAAAAUAGGCAACCGACGCCAAAUUUUAUGAUGGGUGGAUUAACAGGAGCGUCACCACCUAAAUUUGUGUCUUUCGACGAAAUUGUAAAAGCUGCUAAUGGAAUGAAAAAUAUGGCCUUAGCACACGAAAUUGCGGUAGAUAAGAAUUUUCAGUUGCAAAAAUUGGAGGAAGACGGUAGUUUUCAUAGGCGAGUAAAAGAAAUAAUGCACAAAGCUUUUUGGAAUUUGUUAGCGGAGCAGUUGGCCGAGGAUCCACCAGAUUAUUCGCAAGCACUGGUUUUAAUGAAAGAAAUUAAAGAAUCACUGGAUGAACUCGUACCACUGCAUAACGCGAAAAUCAAAGAAAAUAUUAGAGAAGUGCUUGAUUUAGAUUUGAUCAGACAACAAGCGGAGAAAGGCGUAUUAGAUUUUCGCCAUUACGGGCAAUACAUAAUCUCUGUUAUGGGUAAAAUAUGCGCCCCGGUGAGAGACGAGAAAAUCAAAGAGCUCUCGCAGCAGACAGACAUCGUUGAGACGUUCAAAGGCGUCAUGGAAUUGUUGCAAUUAAUGAGAUUGGAUUUGGCAAAUUUUACCAUUACAAUGAUGAGGCCAAAUAUCAUUGCCUCGAGCAUCGAGUAUGAGAAAGCAAAGUUUGCCGAAUUUUUAAAGAUUAAUUCAAACGGUUUACAAUACACAGAAAGAUGGUUAUUGAGACAUUUCGAGCCAGAGAAAAUCGCAGGCUCAUCGAGCGACGGUGCCAAUACUGUAAGACAAAUCACUCAUUCUUUAUUGACAGAGGCGUACCUCGAUCUUCUGGAGUGGGAUUUCAAUCCAGACGCAGAGACAUUGAUGUUGGAUCAAGGAAGACUUCUGGAAUUGCGUGACAUAACCAGUAGGUUGAGCGUCGUUGGUUCUGUGAUAUUAUUGGUUAAUAAUACAAUUGGUGCACCAAUUCAUGGGGUUUCGAGCCUUAAGAAGAAUAUUAAGGAACAUUUGAACGCACUGUUGGAUUCUGUACAUUCGAACAAAGAGCUAGAAGCUGCAAUGCCAAAUAUCGUACUACAAGUAAAAACAGAUGUGAAAACAACAUUACGAGAAGUCAACGCUCCCGAGUUGUCACCAGAAUUAGAAACGCUAUUAGGAGGUCAAAUAGCCGAUCUUGUAGAUACAAAACAUAAGAUCAGAUACCUCGUCAGUCUACGUAUUAGACAGUUCCUACAAAAAAUCAUUCAAUCGCAAUCCACUGCACCUCAACAAGUACCACUGGGCCUCUCCUCGCUGCAAGAAGAGUUAGCGGCCAUUGCUGCCCGAUUUGUAAUACUUGUUUCGCAUAAUCGCAGCGUAUUUUGCGAGUAUUAUCAAGAUAUUGUUGCAAACGCGCUUGCGAAAAGCGACGUUGACAAUAAUAAAGAGAUACAUGGAACACAGACUAUGGAAUUGUAAAAAGGAAUAAAUGUUAAUAUAAAUAAUGUUAAUAUACUCGGAUCUCGCUAUGCUCGUUUUCGAGAUAUUAUUUCGUUAUGUCGAGAUUAUCUGGUAAUAACGAACAAAUUGAGUUUCUCUCAAUAAAUCAUCGCUACGCAUCUCUUUUAUAAAGGAAGACUUAGAACCGAACACCAAUUUCGAUGAAACUUGGCAGGAUUUACAGAGAAAGUUUCCGAAUGUAAUGAUACCCCCAUUUGGGUGCCUGUCAACCAUUUCUUAUAAAUAUUUUAAUAAUAAAUUUAGUAGCGUAGUGGAUAUGGUAACUGAUUCAUAAUUUGUAGAUUCGAGUUUAAACCUCACAAUCAAUUAAUUUUUUUUAUUAUUUAAUAAUAUUUUAUGAU